AUGAGACUCUAUAUUUGGAGUCUCUACCUUUACCCGACCCCAGCAAUCUUCAAGAAAAACAGAAAUACAUGGCUAGAGUAUGUUUUUUUUGCAUCAUAUUCACCCGAAUUCUCACAAGCUAUCAAACAGGAUAACACCAUCCUUUCCUGGCUGCCAGAAUGCCAAACAUUUGUGGACGAAUUCAUCCGCUUGGAGGGCAGGGGGUGGGCUGCAGAUCGUCUCUGUGACUGCGGAAUGGCUGCCUCAUUCAGGUGUACUGACUGUUUGUCAGUGAACCUUUCCUGCCAAGAGUGUAUUGUUCGUCAACAUGUGGAGACUCCAUUUCAUCGCAUCAAGGAAUGGCGCUGGGAUUUUUUCUCAAGUGUAACACUAGAGUCUCUUGGCCUGCGUAUCCAACUUGGUCAUGAUCCUGGUCAGCACUGUCGUAAUCCAAAGUCUGCUCGUAACAACGAUUUCGUGGUCAUUGACACCCACAGGAUUCAUGAGAUUGGUUUAGAUUUUUGUGGAUGCGAGACAGCGGCUUCACACUAUAAACAGCUGCUUCGCGCACGUUGGUUUCCAGCCACAAGUACAGAUCCCAGGACAGCUGCCACCUUCUCCAUUCUCAAUUUUUUCCACCUCCUCUCUUUUGAAUCCAAAGUGUCCGCAUACGAGUUUUAUCACACACUCGCACGCAUCACAGACAAUACUGGGAUCCAACCCAUCAGGGAUCGCUAUUCGACAUUCUUAAAGAUGGUCAUUAUGUGGCGUAAUAUCAAGAUGCUAAUGCGCGCUGGCCGAGGGCACGAUCCUGGUGGUGUUGAAGCAACCCAACAAGGCCAGUUGGCGGUACUUUGCCCUGCGUGCCCACAGCCAGGCAAGAAUCUCUCCGACAAUUGGGAGAAUGAGCCUGUUGCGAUGAGAUGGCUCCAUUCAUUUUUCCUUGCAAUCGACGCAAACUUCAGACUCAAGUGUCGUAUGAUCUCCACCAAUUUGAGAGACCCUGGUCUUACUCAUGGGUGGGCAUACUUCGUGGAAGAAUGUGGGUAUAAGUCAUACCUCAAGGAAAAUUCUGCGGUCAUCCAAGAGCGCAGUGAGUGUGUAAGCCAUGAUGCCAUCAACUUGGCAGAUACCAAGUCUUCAAAAGGUCUGGCAGCAACUGGAGUCGGAGCGGUAGACUGCGCCCGACACAAGUUCAAGCUUCCAAAUGGUGUCGGUGAUCUCCAGAAAGGAGAAAAAUACCUCAACAUGGAUUAUCUUGUCUUCUCUUCGCUCACUCAUUUCUCGACCCUCUCCACCAUCAACUUCUCUUAUGAUGUCGCAUGUCAAUGGCACAAGAAGUUAUGGACUCGUGUAUCCUCUCUACCUGAACGCCUUCAUUUCAGCCAUGUUGACAAGAUCAUCCGUUUCUUUGUCCCCAAGUUUCAUCUUGCAGCUCAUAUUCCUGCCUGCCAGACGGCAUUCUCUUUCAACUGGACACCUCAUGUUGGUCGCACAGACAGCGAAGCACCUGAACGUGGAUGGGCUAACAUUAACCGUGUUGCUAGUAGUACCAAAGAAAUGGGACCCAGGUCACGCCGAGACACGCUGGACGACCACUUUGGAGACUGGAAUUGGAAGAAAGUUACCGUGUUUGGUACGUGUUUUAAAUAUCAUACUGCCAUGGAGUCGGUGGCCUCAUCUGAGUUGGGCCAAGCAUCACUAGCUACAUGGGAAGAAGAGAUCACCACUUGGGAGAACGAUCACACUCAACGGAACCCUUUCGAAAGUCAAAGCAAUGAGAUGACACAGGCAGCAGUUCACCUUGAACUUGCACAACAAGGCAUUAAGGACAUAGAGGACGGUGUUUCUGAGUCCCUUCAUGUGGAAGUCACACCGAGUAUUUUGAUCAGCACAGGUAUUGACCUUGAGCAUGUGCAACGUCGUCUCCAUGCAGACAUCGCAACCCUUGGCCAACAUUCAACAGAUAAUCAAUGCACCAAGAUCUUAAUGCGUAGGAAUGCCCUUCAGCGCCGUAUAGAUAUGUGGGCCAACAUACAGGCGCUCUAUAUGCCUACCACUCCCCAUCUGCACUCAACUGGCUUCAUUACACCCUCAGAGGAUGAUGACAGCGGCUGCCCUAAGUCCAAUCCUACCUCUGAGAACGCAGAAUAUUUUCCACUCCUACUACCAUCUGAGAUUUGUGAACAUUCCACAUGUGAUCCCAAGCUCUUAGAUAUUGAGUGGUCACUCUGUCAUGCCCAGGCAAACGACGCACUGGAUGAGUGCCGCUCCAACAUUCGCCUUCGACACCAGCUCAUACAGUUCAAAGGACAACACAUCCGCGGUCAAGGUGCCACCACUCGAGCACGUCAAACAAUUCAAACAGUCGAAAAUCGCCUAAUCCUCAGUCAUGCCAAGUACACUCAUGCUCAUUGGGCCUUAACAGCUCUCUCUCACCGAUUCAGCUGCCCUGGAUGGGAUAUCAACUUCCAAUUGUUGAAGAAGGCCCACCUUCGACCAAUGGGCGAUUUUGGGGGACAAUCUCAAGGCACUGCCAUCAUGUCAUGGAUUUGGCAGACUCGUGGAAUCGCUACUGGUGAUAACGAGAACCUGCAAGAGUGUACAUCACUUCAUGUGGAAUGCUGCAAAGCUCGUGCAUGUCACCACAGGUGGGCAGAGGAAAUCCAGUUGUUAUUAGAAGAAAUGUGCCGUGUAUUAGCAUUUCUAGCCUGGCAUGCGGCAUGGUGGGAGACACAGGGAUCCUUACGCACUGUAGACCGGCCUGAAGAUGCUGAGGGUUUGCUUGCAUAUGCAAAACGGCAAGCGGCGAUUUGCCAUGGUCUGCAUGCGAAGUUUGCAGAGAAGUGGAAGAAUGUUGGGGAUAUUGUCAAAGCAGGUAUGGGAGAUGACACAAGUCCUGAUCAAGGUCCAACUCUUGAUGCUCCUCCAUGUGAUCUCGAUGACGUAGAUUGA